AUAUUUCGUUGUUUACCUUCCUGGUAUCAAGCACUUAUAAAAGCCUCUUAUUCCUGAUGCACAUCAGCUAUAGUGACAUUUUCUGGAAAGCAACACAACAUCGCUGCUUGAUUUUGUGAAGAUGCAUGUACAGUUUUUCAUCCUGGUUUUUGGCCUGAAUCUUCAUGCUGUAACUGCAUACAGAAAUGGAGUGGUGACUCAGGCAUGCACGUCUAUGACUCCUGGACAUGGGGUUAGUGCCUCUACGUUAGAACCUCCAUAUACUGUUACUGCAGAUGUCUCAAACUACACAGAGGGUCAGGUGAUCACAGUGACACUACAAGCUAAUGAAACCGGAUUCAAGGGCUUUCUUCUUCAGGCCAGGGAUGAGACAGGUCCAGUAGGACAUUUCACAGUCAUGGAAGGUGAUGCCCAAUUACUCAACUGUGGAACCGAGGGCUCAGCUGUCAGUCAUACUUUAAAUGAGAACAAAUCAACUAUCGUGGCUCAAUGGAAAGCUCCUAACAACAACAAUGCAGAUAUUCGGUUCAGGGCAACAUUUGUGCAGAAUUUCUCUCUCUUUUGGGUUGGAGUUCAAAGUGAUCCUGUUAGAUUCGUGGGCACAAAUACGACAGUCGCUCCACCCCACCACACAACUUACAACUCUAGUCCAUUAUUGUCUCUCACAAUGUGCCUUCUUCCUUUACCUCUGCUGGCAAUUAUAUAAAGACUGGACAAAGAUUUGCAAAAAUCAAAUCACUGUGCAAUCACUGGAUUUAAUAUGCUUUUAGUUUCAUAUUCAAACAUGUAAUAUAUUUGUUGAAGCAAAAUGGGACUAAUAACACUUGGUCCCAUAAUAUAUGAAAUAAUAUUUUAAUAAUAUCUUGAUUUUAUAUUAUAAUAUUUAAUAUUUC